AUGUACUGACGUCACAUGUACAUUUCAUCGCUUAUCACCCACGCAAGCAGCGGUGGCCUUAUCACGAGUUUCACUCAUGCUAUAAAAGGAGUGUGCGUCAAUAAACCUACGUUCAUUUCACCACUGGGCGUCCGACUGAUUUACUACAUUGGCGACGAGGCGGACCGGCCCGGCGAGGCCGCCGUUAAAGAAGGCGGGAUGGCUGUCGGCAAGAUCGGCGAGUAUCGUCUUGGCACGGGCGCGUCUUGGGAUGAGUACGUCGAGCGGUUGGAAAUGUUUUGCGACGCGAACAAGAUAACAACGGACGAGCAGAAAAGAGCAGUUCUGCUGAGUUGUUGCGGCGAAGCAGCGUACGGGCUCAUCGUAACCCUGGUGAAGCCAGUAAGACCGACCAUGGCAAGCUACGACGAAAUCAAGACGGUCGUUCGCAAGCACCUGCAUCCGAGGCCUUCCGAGCUGCACGCAAGGUUUUUGUUCUACAGGAGAAACCAGGCGGCUGAUGAAUCGGUGGCAGACUACGUCACAGCUCUGCGGAAGCUAACGGAAGACUGCGGUUUUGGUGACAAGCAACUACCGCUGGACGUCAUGAUGCGAGAUCGUUUCGUGUGCGGCAUCAAGAACGAAGCAGUCCAGCAGAGACUUCUCGCCGAGCCCAACCUUACGUUCCAGGUCGCGUACGACAUGGCCGUGACAGCUGAGGCUACAGCAAAACAGCAGCGAGACAUACGCAACCAGGGACGAGACGAGACAAAAGACAGCCAGGGCCUAAUUCAAGCAACUCGCACGAAGCAAGACACCGCAGCGGAAGAGUCCAGUUGCUAUCGCUGCAACGGUAAGCACGCUCCGCAUUUAUGCAGUUUUAGAAAGGCGGCAUGUUUCAAGUGCAAGAAAAUCGGACACAUUGCGAAAGCCUGUCGUUCGAAAGACGAAGUUAGAAAGUUUCAAAGAAAAACUUCACACGAGCAGAAGAAAAAAGAGUAAAAGCAAGGGCGCCUACGAAAUGACCGAAUUAUUUUCCCUCUGCGAGGUGAAUGAGCAAGAAGAAAAAUUCAUGGUUGAAGUACAGAUUGAAGGGCAGAAUGUACCCAUGGAAAUUGAUUCUGGAGCAUCGUGCUCAAUUGUGAGUGA